AUGAGACCAGUCAAGCACAGACCUGCAGCGGGCGAGAAAGAUAAGGCACCCGCACACCCGCCCCAGCGCAGUACCUUACGCUCCGUUGGCCUCAUUGCCACCUGCACAACUGCUAUGAUUCUUAACACUUUUAACGUGACCGCGCUCGCCAUCGCACUGCCCACGAUAGGACGCGACCUGAACAUCCCCGAGUACAGGCUGCAGUGGAUUAUUUCUGCAUACUCUCUCAGUUCCGGCUGUCUUCUACUUUUCUUUGGCCGUCUCGCUGAUUUGUACGGCCGCAAACUUGCCUUCCUCUUCGGCGCCGUCGUUCUCGGUCUGUUCGGCCUUGGGUGCGGGUUCGCCAAGAAUGAGAUCGCGCUUGACGUGCUCCGUGGGUUCCAGGGCAUUGGUGCGGCAGCGUGUAUCCCUGCAUCGCUUGGAAUGCUCGCGCACGCAUUUCCGCCAUCCCGCAUGCGCUCAAUCGCCUUCGCCACGUUCGGCGCCGGCGCGCCGGUCGGUGCUGCUAUCGGGAGCACCAUCGGCGGUGUUCUCACACAACUGACCGCGAAAACGUGGCGGUCGAAUUUCUACUUCCUGACCGGUCUCUGUGCGCUUGUCUUCCUCGGCGGGCUACUCACGUUCGACAAGGACGAGCCGUCGACGGAGCCUGAUCGCCGGGUCGACUGGCUUGGCGCGUUCCUCGUCACCGCCGGCCUGGUCCUCAUCCUCUUCAUCCUUAGCGACGGUUCCAUUGCCCCGCACGGCUGGAAAACAGACUACAUUAUCGCGCUGAUAGUCGUUGGCGUGCUCCUGCUUGUGCUGUACGUCGCAUGGGAGUAUUUCCUGGAACGCAUGCUGGAGGAGCCACAGCGCAGGUGGUGGACGCCGCCGCCGCUGCUCAAAAUCACACUACUGGGGCGCGCGGGCGGGAAGCUCGCGGUCAUAUUGAGCAUCGCGUUCCUCGAGUGGUGCAGUUUCAUGAGCUUCACGUUCUGGCUACAGCUGUAUUACCAGGAUUACCUCGGGCUGACACCCAUCCUGACCAUGGUGCGCCUCCUGCCGAUGUUCGUCACGGGCGUCAUGUGCAACGUCGUCGUCGCGCUCUUCGUCGGACGCGUCCCCGUCGUCUACCUCAUCGCUGUCGGCACAUUGAUGACUGGCACAGGGAACCUGCUGCUUGCGCUGGUGAACCCCGCAGCGCCGUACUGGGCAUUCGGGUUCCCGGCGGCGAUCGUGAGCGUGUUCGGCGCGGAUUUCGUGUUCCCGUCGGGCACGCUCUUCGUCGCGGCGGUGUGUCUCCCGCACGAGCAGAGUGUCGGCGGCGCGCUCUUCCAGACCCUCACGCAGCUCGGCUCGGCGUUCGGGCUCGCGAUCACAACGAUCGUGUACGACUCGAUCCUGAAGAAGGCCGCUCGCGCGGACGGGGUGAGCGUGAAUGUGCAUGGGACGAACGCGCAGCUGUCGGCGUACAAGGACGCGUUCUGGGCUGCAUGCGCGUUUGGGUUCUUUGGUGCCAUACUCGCGGUGGUCUUCCUCCGCAGGGCGGGCAUCGUCGGGCAUCGAGGUGGUACCCACACUGAAGUGGAGAGUCAGACGACCCUCCCUGGGGAGAAGGCGCAGGAUGACGGCGGUUAG